GGCCCGAUACCAGCUCAGUAGUAGCCCACCGCUCUGCCUGACUGCCCGCGACCCCUGCCCCCUACCCCAAAGCUGCCUGGGGUCCCCAGCUGGGUGCAGCGGGCUGGGGUGCCAGCAGGGGGCGCUCGAGUAGGACUCACGGCGGGCGGGGCAGUUGCGGGAGGGGCGGGAUCGGGAGGGACCUCCCAAGCUGCAGACACGAGGCUCAACCUGCCCGUAGGGAGCGCAGCACACGGCUACCUGUAGCUCGGGACGUAUGCCCCCUCCCGGGAUCCAGCACUUCUUCUCCCUGCCAGCCUCACAUCCAGCCUGGUCACACCCCGGAUUCGGACCAGUGGUAGCCUAGGGACAGCGCGCCGGGCCCGGAGCUGGUGAUAUGUAGGGUCACCUCCUGGUCCAGCUUUGGAACCUUGGCAGACUCCUUGCUUGGAAAGUUUGGGACUGUGCGCCAUGGCCAAGAGCGGCUCGUUGAGUAUUCGCGUGGUGGAGGGACGGGCACUGCCCGCCAAGGAUGUGUCUGGGAGCAGUGACCCCUAUUGCCUGGUGAAAGUCGAUGACGAGGUUGUGGCCAGGACAGCUACCAUUUGGAGGAGCUUGAGCCCCUUUUGGGGGGAGGAGUACACUGUGCACCUGCCGUUGGACUUCCAUCACCUGGCCUUCUACGUGCUGGAUGAGGACACUGUUGGACACGACGAUACCAUUGGGAAGAUCUCCCUGAGCAAGGAGGCCAUCACAGCUGACCCUCGAGGGAUUGACAGCUGGAUCAACCUGAGCCGAGUGGAUCCAGAUGCCGAGGUACAGGGCGAGGUCUACCUGGCUGUGCAGCUGCUGGAGGAUGCUCGGGGUCGAUGCCUCCGCUGCCACGUGAGACAGGCCAGGGACCUGGCCCCCCGGGACAUCUCGGGCACGUCAGACCCAUUCGCGCGUGUGUUUUGGGGCAGCCAUAGUCUGGAAACCUCGACAAUCAAGAAGACCCGCUUCCCACACUGGGAUGAGGUGCUGGAGCUGCGGGAGUCACGGGGGACCGCUUCCCCACUGCGAGUGGAGCUCUGGGAUUGGGACAUGGUGGGCAAGAACGACUUCCUGGGCAUGGUGGAGUUCACCCCACAGACCCUUCAACAGAAGCCACCCAACGGCUGGUUCCGCCUCCUGCCCUUUCCUAGAGCUGAGGAUUCUGGGGGAAGCCUGGGCGCCCUGCGGUUGAAGGUGCGCCUCACUGAGGACCGCGUCCUGCCUUCCCAGUGCUACCAGCCUCUCAUGGAUCUGCUUCUGGAGUCGGUACAGGGGCCGGCCGAGGAGGACACCACCAGCCCCCUGGCUGUGCUCGAGGAACUGGCUUCUGGGGACUGUCGUCAAGACCUUGCCACCAAGCUGGUGAAGCUCUUCCUGGGCCGGGGCCUGGCCGGGUCCUUUCUAGACUACCUCACAAGACGUGAGGUGGCUCGGACUAAUGACCCCAACACCCUCUUCCGUUCUAACUCCUUGGCAUCCAAGUCAAUGGAACAGUUCAUGAAGCUCGUGGGCAUGCGCUACCUGCACGAGGUCCUGAGGCCGGUGAUCAGCCGUGUCUUCGAGGAGAAGAAAUAUAUGGAGUUGGACCCUUGCAAGAUGGACCUGAACCGCUCCCGGAGGAUCUCCUUCAAGGGCACACCCACGGAGGAGCAGGUGCGGGAGACCAGCCUGGGGCUGCUGACCGGAUAUCUGGGGUCUAUCAUGGAUGCCAUUGUGAGCUCUACAGGGCGCUGCCCGCUAGCCCUGCGCCUGGCAUUUAAGAAGCUGCAGUGGCGUGUGGAGGAACGCUUCCCCGGGGUGGAGCACCAGGAUGUGAAGUAUCUGGCAAUUAGCGGUUUCCUCUUUCUGCGUUUCUUUGCGCCCGCCAUCCUCACACCGAAGCUGUUUGACCUCAGAGACCAGCAUGCAGAUCCCCAGACCAGCCGCUCCUUGCUGCUUCUCGCCAAGGCUGUGCAGAGCAUUGGAAACCUGGGCCAGCAGCUUGGCCAGGGCAAGGAGCUGUGGCUGGCCCCCCUCCACCCCUUCCUGCUGCAGAGCAUCUCACGCGUGAGGGACUUCCUGGACCAGCUGGUGGAUGUGGAUGGGACUGAGGAGGCUGGGGGGCCAGCCUGUGCCCUGGUCCAACCUUCGACUAUUGUUCGGGAAGGCUUCCUGCUGAAGCGCAAGGAGGAGCCUGCAGGCCUGGCCACACGCUUUGCCUUCAAGAAGCGCUACUUCCGGCUGAGUGGGCAGGACCUCUCCUACUCCAAGACUCCAGAGUGGCAGGUUCACUCAUCCAUCCCAGUGUCCUGCAUCCGUGCCGUGGAGCGCGUGGAUGAGGGUGCCUUCCAACUGCCACACGUCAUGCAGGUGGUGACGCAGGAUGGCACUGGGGUGCCACACACCACCUACCUCCAGUGCAAGAAUGUGAAUGACCUCAACCAAUGGCUGUCGGCCCUGCGUAAAGCCAGCGCGGCCAACCAGGACAAGCUGGCUGCCUGCCACCCUGGUGCCUUCCGCAGCGGACGCUGGACCUGCUGCCUCCAGGCUGAGCGCUUAGCUGCUGGCUGCAGCCGCACACACUCAGCCGUCACACUGGGAGAUUGGAGUGACCCACUGGAUCCUGAUGCCGAGGCCCAGGCAGUGUAUCGCCAGCUGCUCCUGGGGCGGGACCAACUCAGGCUGAAAUUGCUGGAGGACUCCAGCCUGGACACAGCGGUAGACAUGGGCCCUGGGAAGGACUUGGAUGCCACAGAUGGGGCCCGCACAGAGGUUCUGGCCCAGCAGAGAGAUGCCACCACCCAUCUGCUGCAGGUGCUUGAUGACUUGGAGCAUGCCCACAAGGAGUUCCAGAAGCAAAUGGCCCUCUAGGAUGCUGGAUGCUGAGGAGGUGGAGCCAUGGGGGCCUCCUCAGUGUACUCUGGCCCAGGCAUCUCCUGGAGGCUGCCUUCUUCACUGCUGUGGCCUGAAGCCUCCCAGACAAAGCCUGGUCCUGUGUGCCCUGUGGCCAGCCAGGGCAUGGGAGCCUUUGGCAGGGUCCAGUCUUGUAUUGACCACACCUCGCUUUCUUCUCCACUUUACUGGGUGCACCCUGAGCUGCUGGACACAGCUGUGCCGAGGGCUUUCCUGACUGUCUCGGAAAAGCCCUAAAUAAGCUUCUUCCUGUUUCCACUUCUGUGAGUCUCAUGAUCUCACAGAUACUUCUAUAUCCCCCUCUCCCCCACCUUAUUUGGCAGCCCCAACCUCAGGUUUCUGAAACCAGUUUUUUCCAGAAUGGGCUGAGAGCCCAGCAUGCCAAUUCAGAGCCUUGACACGGGUCACAGGUUCUUUCUCCCUCUCUGAGCCUCAGUUUACCGUGUAUAAAGUGACGAGUGAGUGUGCUUAGCUGUGAAGUGUUAAAAUUGAGGUACCCUAGGGGGUCCGUGAGAUUAUUGACUAUAAACAUAAGUUCCCAGGUCCUGUCUGGCCACUGAAUCCAUCUGAGGAUUUGGGGGGCA